GUGUUGACUUUUCCGCUCAUUGUUUUCGUUUAGUAGUCCUGCCUUUACACACUUCAACAUUCUUCUCUUUUCCUCCAGUUUUACUUUGAUCAUCGCUCUACUGUACUUCUCAAAUCUAAGAAGCCAAUCGAAAAACAGAUGCGCUUCUUUCUCUGACAAUCUGACAUUGUUGCCACAAGAAAUUAGACGAGCAACUCAGCUUUGGUUCCAGGUCAUAACCACGCUUGCAGUUAAUUUGUUCGUUGCAUCAACCUUCUCUAGUUUUACUUUGAUUGCUGUUCUUCUCAAGUUAUAAACAAAGCAAAAUCAACUACAUACAGCAGACGAAUGGCGAUUAGAUUUACGGAGGCAAUUGUUUUUAAAACUAAGGAGACAAUUGAACUCGUAGGACGCCAAGUGGGAUAUGUAAUUCACUGCAAAAGCAACCUUCAAAGACUGCAGGCUCAAUUGGAAGAAUUGAACGCCUCCCGGGAGGCGGUAGAGGAUAAAGUUGUGGAAGCUGAAGACAAAGGUGAAGCAGUUCAACCAGAUGUCCAGUUGUGGCUACAGGAAGUGGGCAACAUCAAUGCAGUGGCAGAGGAAUUGUUGAAAGAUGAAAACCAAGCCAAGCUGAAAUGUCUCCAUGGGUUUUGUCCUAAUCUGACAAUCCGUCAUCACCUAGGCAGGAAAUCAAGAAAAUUGGAGUACCAUCUUGUUGAACUCUAUGAAAGACGAGAAUUUCCCGUUAUUUCUGUUAUUCAGCCGCAAGAGCUUUGGGUUGAGUCCACCGGAGAGUACCUGGCCUUUCCAUCAAGGACGUCAAUUGUGGCCCAAAUCAUGGAUGAACUUGAGAAUCCUGAUACUCAUAGGAUCGGGGUGUAUGGAAUUGAAGGUGUGGGUAAAACCACACUAGUAAAAGAAGUCUACAGGCAAGCUACAGAAGAUAAAAAGUUAUUUGACAAUGUGGUUAUCCUACUAGAUGUUAAAGAAAAUCCACACUUGGAAGGAAUUCAAAACAAAAUUUUAAAUAAGUUAGAUAUGAAGAUUUUUGACGAUGAGAAUUUAGAUGGAAGAGCAAGUCGUACUUCUGCCGAUAUACAGGACAAAAACAUCCUUGUAAUUUUGGAUGAUGUUUGGGAACAAAUUGACUUGGAGGCUCUCCAACUUCCAAGUGUGGCUACUUGUAAGAUAUUGCUGACAUGUACAAGUAGAGAAUCGUUAUCUGGUAUGAACACGCAGGAAGAUUUUCAGCUUGACAUCUUGGAAGAAGAAGAGGCUUGGUUUCUAUUUAAGAAGAAGGCAGGCGAUGUUGUUAAGAAUUAUGCUAUACGAGAAGUAGCACUCCAAGUAGCCGAAUGUUGUAGUGGCUUGCCUAUUUUAGUUGUCACAGUUGCAAGUGCUUUGAGGAAACAAACUACUUUAUCUCCAUGGAAAGAUGCAUUGAGAUACCUAAAAAAAUCUGAUCGCCAAGAAUUGACAGAGAAGGCAUACUUGUGUCUGGAGUGGAGUUACGUUCAGCUGAAGGAUAAGGAACUUGAGCAGUUGUUCUUGCUAUGUGGAUUUGCUAUAUGGGGAAAGGAUAUUUAUUUGCCAGCCUUGCUGAAAUAUAGUAUGGGUUUGGGUCUCUUUAGAAAGGGAUACACAGUGGAGGAAGCACAAAAUGCAUUGCUUACAUGGGUUGGAAAACUUAAAGAUUCUUGUCUACUGACAGACAGUGAUGAUAGCAGAUAUGUCAAAAUGCAUAACCUUGUGCGUGAUGUUGCUAACCGGAUUGCACUCAGAGAUCGACACAUCUUGUCAUCAGUCGAAGAUAGGGGAGAUUAUGAGUUUAAGGAAUGGCUAGAUAAGGAUUUCUUUAAAAAGUGGACUAUGAAAUCUAUACAAUCCAGUACUGUUCCUGUGCUUUCUGAAGUACCUACGAUAUACCCCAAAUUAAAACUGUUCUACUUGCACGGUACAGGUGAUCUAUCAGUGGAAAUCCCAACAAACUUCUUUAGAGAGAUUGAGGAACUAAAAGUGUUGUCUUUAACAAGACUGCAUAUGCUGUCACUACCUUCCUCUCUUCAGUACUUGAAGAAUCUGCAUGCCCUAUUUUUAGAUCAAUGCAUAGUGGGAGACACUGCUUUAGUUGGGGAGCUAAGUAACUUGGAAAUUCUUAGCUUUUUCCAAUCCAAUGUCAAACAAUUACCAAAGGAAAUAGGGAAACUGACCCGUCUUCAGUUGCUGGAUUUAUCUGAUUGCUCUGAACUCGAAGUUAUUUCACCUGGUGUCAUCUCAAGCUUGGAGAGACUACAAGAAUUGAGAAUGCGAAACAGCUUCAACAAGUGGGAGGUUGAAGGUGAAAGAAGUAAUGCGAGCCUUAGUGAGUUGAAUCAUUUGUCUCAGCUAUCUGUAUUAGAGGUACAUAUUCCGAAUACUGACAUCCUUCCAGCAAACUUGUUCUCCCACGAGUUCGAAAGAUUCAAUAUUGUUAUUGGGGAUGCAUGGGUUGACAGAUAUACAUCACGAGAGAAAUUUAUGGCUGAGACGACCCUCAAGACACUAAAACUCAAACUCAAACUCACUACCAGCAUUAAAGAAUUGGAUGAAGGAUUAAUAUGGCUGCUGGAGAGAUGUGAAGACUUGUCCUUAAGUGAGACACAGAAUGCUAAUAAUAUUGACCAUUAUUUAGAUACUGACGAUUCUGAGCAUCCGCAACAUCUGCAAGUCAUAAACAUCUAUAAGAUUGGUUUGCCCAACUUAACAAGAUUGGCUGUUCACCGAUGUGAUGGUUUAAGUUUCUUAUUGUCAUCUUCCGUGGCAAAAAGUUUUGUACAACUUAAACAUCUUCGGAUAUCUGAAUGUCAAAUCAUGAAAGAGGUAGUAUUGUCAGAAGGUCACGGUGAAGAAAACAAGGAUAACUUGUUUCCGAAGUUAGAACAAUUGGAGCUAAAUGAUCUUCCUUGUCUCACUAGAUUCUGUUCAGGAAGUUAUGUUGAGUUUGCAGCUCUGAAGAGGUCGCAAUUGGAGAAGUGUCCUAAAUUGGAGACAUUCAUCUUUAAUCAUUUGAGUAACAGAAUUCAAAUCUACAACGAAAUUAAAGAAAGGGGCACAAAUGAUGAGAAUGUUGAGACAGUUGCACCAUACUUUCUUUUCGAUGAAAAGGUGAAAACAUUGAGGCUGCAUGGAAUGGAGAUCAAGCUCAUGCGUCUCUCAGAAGAGAGCCCAGUUUUUCCACUGUUGGAAAUUCUAGAGGUGAAGUUUUGUGGAUUGAAUAACCUAAAGUUGUCUGCAAUAUCCUUUCGGAAUCUAACAAUUAUAGAAGUAACUUUUUGCUGGCGAUUGCAAUAUUUGACAACUUAUUCGGUAGCUCAAAGUUUAGUGGGACUGAAAAAAUUGAAAGUUGAUGAAUGUAAAAAUAUGAAAGAAAUCUUCACAAGUGAAGGAAUUGAAGAAGAUGCAAGUAAUUGUGAGAUUGUUUUCAGCCGGUUGCAACAUUUGGAACUCAGUGAUUUAAUAAGUUUGGAACGGUUUUGCUCGAGAAAUUGCAUUGUGAAAGUCCCAUCCUUGCAAAGUAGUGCUUUACAGGUAAAUUGGUGCCCAUUCCAGUUGAAGAUUUCCACUGACAGGGUACUAGAAGAAGUUUCCGAUAUGCAACAGGAUGUACAUAAAUCGCAUACUGGUAGAGAAGAGGUUGUCGACACAACUGAGUCUGCUUGUAGCCUGGAAACAAAUCAGAAACAGCACGUCCCAAACACCUCCGAAGUUUCUAAAGAACUCAAGUUUAAUGCAGGAGAACUCCAUGAUGACAGACUUGUAAACAACGACGGGCCUCUAUUGCCUGGCAAUAUUGCUGAAAGUAGUGAACAUGGAGUCAAAGCUGUCAUUAAAGAAACUCCUAUCAAUUUCUUGGAGCAUGCUGAGGUUAUGGACCUACGUCACAAGCAAAUUGUCACCAAUACGCCAAAGAAUCUUCAGGAGGCUGAUUUUGGCAUGGCAGAGAGCCUCAUUGAACCUUUGAAUGCAAAUGAAGGCAGACCACUUCAAUUGAAACAACUUGAUGGGGUGCAAACUGAUUCAUUGCUGCAAAGCAUAUCUGAGCUUGAUGCAGACAUAAAACAUUUGCAGGAAGAAUUAAGGGCCAAAGAAGCAGAGAGGAGAGAUAAACAGCAAAGGCUUGCCGACAGACUUGCGACAGUUGAUCGGUUGUCCGAUUCUUUAUGAAGCCAACUUUCCAGAUUGUAAUGCAGCUCUUGUUGGAAUGCAGACUAUGGUCUGGCGAAUGCAGACUAUGGUCUGGCGAAUGACAACAAAGUCAAAUUCUGAUAUGAGCUAAUUGUUCGCCGUAAACUUAUACUUUUGCCAAUGAAUUGCUCCAUCAGUCAGUGAAGGAUUGCUCUUUUAUUUGUUGCGAAAUUAAAGUUUGAUCUCUUUUUGGUCAUUUUAUUAUUCAUGUUUCCCUUGAUUUUGUGAAUAAAUCUCCAUUCUCUAGCUGCAGAUCGAUGCUUAACUGAAUAAGCUUAAAUAAAACUGGGAUGGGGAAUUACAAUUCGGCUCUGUGGGCAACAAC